CCGGCAAGCCGGAGCCACGGGGGGGCGAGCCAUUUGGUCAAGGGGUCCUUUAGAUAUGGCAAUGGUAGUCGGCGCUUGGCGAGAUCCGCAGGACGAUGUGGCCGGCCCGCAGGGCGCGCAGCCCUCCCAAGCCCCCCCGGUGCCGGGACCCCCCGCCGGAGCCCCCCACACCCCCCAGACGCCGGGCCAGGGGGGGCCGCCCGCCACGCCCGCCCAGCCCAACGCGGGCAGCCAGCAGAGCCAGGGCGACAAGGCGCAGCAGCAGCAGCACAUCGAGUGCGUGGUGUGCGGGGACAAGUCGAGCGGCAAGCACUACGGCCAGUUCACGUGUGAAGGCUGCAAGAGCUUCUUCAAGCGCAGCGUCCGCAGGAACCUCAGCUACACGUGCCGGGCCAACCGGAACUGCCCCAUCGACCAGCACCACCGCAACCAGUGCCAAUACUGCCGGCUCAAGAAAUGCCUCAAAGUGGGGAUGAGACGGGAAGUUUCUUCUUUAUUCACUGCAGCCGUCCAGAGGGGUCGGAUGCCACCCACACAGCCGACCCACGGCCAAUUCGCCUUAACCAAUGGGGACCCCCUGAACUGCCACUCGUACCUCUCCGGAUAUAUCUCCCUGCUGCUGCGGGCGGAGCCCUACCCGACCUCGCGCUUCGGCAGCCAGUGCAUGCAGCCCAACAACAUCAUGGGCAUCGAGAACAUUUGCGAGCUGGCCGCCCGCAUGCUCUUCAGCGCCGUCGAGUGGGCCCGGAAUAUCCCCUUUUUCCCCGACCUCCAGAUCACCGACCAGGUGGCCUUGCUGCGGCUCACCUGGAGCGAGCUCUUCGUCCUGAACGCCGCCCAGUGCUCCAUGCCCCUCCACGUCGCCCCCCUCCUGGCCGCCGCCGGCCUCCACGCCUCGCCCAUGUCCGCCGACCGAGUGGUCGCCUUUAUGGACCACAUACGGAUCUUUUUUCCCAGGAGCAGGUCGAGAAGCUCAAGGCCUUACACGUGGACUCGGCGGAGUAUAGCUGCUUGAAAGCGAUCGUCCUCUUCACCU